GAGAGAGAGAGAGAGAGAGAGAGAGCAUGUACAUAUGUGUCCGUAUGUGGGUGUAUGUAAACGUGAUAUACGUACUACGUGCACGUUGAAUCAUUACUUCUCAUAACCUUUUUAUGAAUACGAAAUAGCAGCAGAUGCAAUUAGACAAUCUUAAAAAGAUGUGGUUAAAUCCGUACGUCUUGUAGCCGGCGAGCGAAGACGAAGGGAUAGUAGACGAAUACUAGGUAUAUUAUCCAAUGGAGUGGACCGUGUACUCGUGAUUAUCGCCGAUUCGAACGUGAUCAUAUCAUGGCCUCGUCAAAUAGAAGGAUUCAAAUCGGCUCCGCUUGGUUUCAAACAAAAAUUAACCUAAGACCACAGCGUCGAGGUAUUCAUCAUGUCACCGAGGAGAUUUUACGAAGAGUCCCCGAACUGUGCGAGUUCUCCGUCGGGCUUUGUCAUAUACAAAUUCUUCACACAUCGGCGAGUUUAGCGUUAAAUGAAAAUUGGGAUCCGGAUGUGAGAGACGAUGUAGAAAUGAUGCUUAAUAGAAUAGUUCCUGAAGGUUUGGCCUACAGACACAGUUGCGAAGGACCGGAUGAUAUGCCAGCACAUAUAAAGGCAUGUUUUAUCGGCUCUUCGUUGAGUAUUCCAAUAACUGAUGGCAAAUUGACUUUGGGUACAUGGCAAGGAAUUUGGUUGUGCGAACACCGUAAUGAAGCUGGAAGUCGCAAAGUAGUUAUUACAUUAACCGGUUGCCCCAGGGAUCCUGCACGUAGCCCUUCAAGCCCUGUUAGUCCUAUUGCUUCUACUAGCAGCUAGGACCACUCACACCCCCGAAGGCGUAGCAAACGUCAGCUGCGCAUAUCUACAUCCAGUGAUUCGAGCUAGCAGCUGCUUAAACUUAGUCAAAUUCUAAGAGUAUAAAUUCAAGAAAGAGUGUACGGAUACUUCUGAAAACGCAUUCCUUUAUAUCUAUUAUUAUUAUCGACGAUUUCAGCCAUUCCCUUUUUUUAUAAUAAAUACAAUAUAUCGUAGGAUUCCAUCGUUAGUCGGCUUCUGUAUGUUCUCGUGCUUAGUUCAUAUCAACUCAGAUUUGUUUCUUUCAUAAUAUUAACGUAAUACACUUGAACAAGCUUAUAUACGUAUGUCGGAUACAUUCCUAUUUCUAUUGCAUGAUUUCAUUCUGAUCGUAUUGUUCUUAAAUAAUAUGAGAAUAAUUUUAAAUAAUAGCGACUCUCCAAAAAUGUGGUUCAUUAAAAUAUAAUGUUGUUCAGUACAUUAAACUGCCAAGGCAACUGUAUAUUACAGAGCAUUCCGCGGUGAAUAUGUAAACGAAUUAGUAAAUAAGUAUCCUGCACUCUUCUUCAGUGCUCUUAGAUAGUUAAAAUGUAAUGCAUUUCGAUAUGAUGCGUCCAAUACUCCGAAUUUAAUUAAAUAGCUUUAUUUAAAAUACUCCUUUUGUAAAGAAAAAUGAAAAAAACAGACGAUUAAUAAGAAAAAUGGCAUUAACAGUCGCUCGGCCGGGCAUCUUGCAUCAAUUUUUUACAAUAUGCGAUGAUAGACUCUCGGCUCGAGCGCGUGCAAUACGUCAUAACUUUUUGACUCACUGCUUAUCGUAGGGUAGGCAUUUUUAACGACGUUUCCAAUGCAUUUGGGGGUGUAUAUAGAUUACAAUCAACACUUCUUUGCUGUGCUAAUAUAUUUCUGCUAGAAAAUACGUAAAUUACUACGUAAGUUAUACGAUGAUAGUUAUCGAGGCAAGUGGGCAAGACGGUAUGAAAGUAGAACAGUUAAGAGAGCCACCAAAUUAUCGGCAAAUAAUAUGAUUUAGACUUACUGCAUACAUUGUUAGAUACCUAUCAAUAAAAGAGGGAAAGGAUAUAUCCUAGAAAUCUUAAUCCAACGCGAAACAUGAAAUGUCAUCGUAGGGAUUCUAGCACCGCAAAGAGUUGUAAUUAAAAACUAAUAAUUACUUAACGAUGUUACUAAAUUAACCGAAGCUUAUAUCAUGGGAGCUUGUUGACGUAUCUAAUGUACUGUUAAGCAAACAGUCGAUGUUAGUUGUUAAUCCUUGUCAUACAUAGCAUAAAUGGUCGUCCAUUACGAUUAAUGAAUAUGCUUCAACGUGAAGUACUCGAUGCAAUUUCGUAUAGCUUGAUUAUUAAAAGCUCAACAAGUAUGUAACACGUGCAUAUGAACUUAUUUUGCUCGUGAAAAAGGAAAUCGAUUAUCAAUUGAUUCGUACAGAGUUAAAGCACCGAUUAUGUUCCAUACUCGAAAACCAAUCCUUGAAUAUGUAUGAGAAAUGGCUAUAAUAUCCACGUUUAUAACAGUUAACAUUACAUACAAUCCGUUUCAUUUUAUAGAUACUCGCAAAAUAAUUGUUGACAGCAAAAAUACAUUUUCAAACUUAUUGCUAUAUAUAUGUAAUUAAUUAGUCUCUUUCCCUCGCGUAUACAUACACACAGUCAUACAUACUGACGUAAAUAGAAACCAUUUAAUUCGUUGAUGAGGCAACAUUCAUUUUUUAAAAUCGUAAUUUAAAAGGAACAAAUAUGCAUAUUGAUUUCCCUCAACCAUCACGUGUUGUACAGUGAUCGUCAUAUAAUAUUAUGAAGAAGAUUUACAAAUUGACAAAUUUACAAAUGCCCAUUGAUUAAUUUGUAGAGUGUAAAACAAAUUACAAGCUAUAUAUUUAUCAUGCCAUGUGUCUUGUAAAAAAAAACAAUUUCAUAAUUUAUACAAGUAAUCGAAGUUAAGCUUCUACGAAGUUUAAGUAAAUUCUAAGCACCGUAUACAAUGUCACUUUUCAUUUACAUGUGUAUCCAUACGUAUGAUACGGUUAAGUUGAUUUCCAUUUUCUAACAGAGAAAUUGUUUUCCCCACGCAGAGAAAUGUUAAGAAGACAUUCGUGUAAUAUAAUUGAAUGCAAGGUUUGAUACCACGUUCGUUGCCGUUGUCAUCCUAUCUACGUGUAUUAUAAACAAGUGAAAUCUUGUAUUUAUUCGUAUUUUCUGAUUUAUAUUUUGCCCCAUAUACAUUGAUAAAAGUACGUGUACGGUGAAUGGUUCAAACAAGGAAUGGAAUGUAACUCCGUGCAGACGUUUACGUUUUUGUCUCAACUGAUUUCUAAUUUAAGAAUCUUAGCUAUUUUACUGCAACUAAACUAAAUAACCUCGAUUGAAACCAAUUAACAAUUCUUUGGAAAUAGCUAAUGAAAAGAACUGGAACACAUGCGUGGAUUAUUGUACGAAGUGAAAUUGAACAUAUAAUCACGUGUUUUCGAUUUAUUUAAGUUAUUUCAUAUACUUAUACAAUUUUCUAAGCGUAUUAAAAUAUGAUUAGUUUUUAUUUAGCUGGAUAUAGUGGACCUACCGUAAUGAAAAAUCGUAGGAAAGGGAUACAUACGUUAGGAUUAUACAUACAGCUUGAAAUAAAAUCUCAUUAUACGACGUGAAGGAAAAUGAUUUUACAAGGAUACUGUAAUCUUCGCCGUAUUUCAUUUUUGUACCGAGCUAAUACAUUUAAACGAACAUCAAUCAAAAAA